UGCACCACGUACGAAGGCGCUAUGCAGCCGUUCAACGCCGACCACAAGCCAUCGUUUUUUUCCGCUCAGUGCGAACUGCCCGUCACCAUUCACAGGGACCCCAACCCCGCGAACGCUCAUGGGCCAGGACUACUCAAAGGCCUCGGGAGCCAGUUGCCACAGGCACCAUGACGCUCUCUCCCAGCAUCUUCGUCGACUACACGCUCGUCAACCAGGAGCACGGAAUUGCGCUCAGCGAGAAGCACCACAAGGCAAAGGCGCCUGGCGUCCCGGACAUCUUGCACCGCAUCGGUGGCAUGCCAGCGCACGGCGAGAGGUACAGCAUCACCCCGAUGGACAUGGCGGCGAUCUUCAACGGCCUCGUUGCGCAUCACCCUGGGGACAAGCAUACGCAUAAGAUGGCGAUUCGCAAGGGAUGGAGGGACGUGUUCCAUGAGGAGUUGGCGAGGAGGAAGUUGGAGAAGGUUUAAG